AUGGCCAACGAGGAAAAUCAUGUUUACCCCCAGACGGCUUCCAAUACUAUCAAGAGGCACAGAGAGAGAGGCCAUUACGACACCGAGGCAGUGCACUCCAUCGUCAACACAGCUCCCGUUGCCCAUGUGUCUUUCGUCCCCGACCCAAGCAACCCUGCUCCGGUGAUACUUCCCAUGAUCGCACGAAUUGGCCACUUCUCCGGUGCCGAAGAAGCGUCCGCCUACAUCCACGGUUAUGUAUCCACUCUCCUUUUCCGGCCCCGCACAGCAUCAUCCCUUCCAGCUAAUGCCACACACGAAGAGGAGGGCUUCCCAAUCUGCAUCGCUGCCACGAAGAUCGUCAAUCUCGUCUUGUCGCUGACGCCCUUUUCGCACAGCUACGACUAUCGCUCUGCUGUAGUCCAUGGACACGCCUCCCUCCUGGACCCCGAAGCAGAUCACGAAGAGAUCAUCUAUGCCAUGCAGCUCAUUACCGACGGCAUGGUACCGCAACGCUGGGCCAACUCGCGCACUCCGCCGAAUGCCUCCGAGAUUGCUGCUACGCGCAUAUUGAAAGUUCGCAUCGACAGCGCCAGCGCCAAGAUCCGGGACUCGGGUGUCAAGGAGGAGGCCAAAGACCUCAAGAAUGCCGCCGCCACCAACAAUGUCUGGACGGGUAUUAUUCCCUAUGUCGAGAUGCUGGGGGUCCCACUUCCUGCACCUACGAACAAGGUCGCUGCCGUGCCUCAGUACAUACAAGACCAUGUUCGUGCCCAUAAUGAGGCAGCUGGAGCUGAUGGAGUGAAGGGGUUGAUUUCGAAAUUGGUUUCGUCUGUAUUUGGGCGCUGA